AAUUCAAGCCAAAUACUAAACAUGAGUUUGAGAGACCAGGCCAAACAAAGUAUACCAAAGGUUUUGAGAACAAGCUUCUCUCAAGCCAAUGCAUUAGAUCUUGAAAAGGAGCAGUUUGAACGAGAACAAUUAAACGCGAUCACAAAAGCUCUCAGUAUCCUUGAGUAUCCCAUGAAAGAGAAACAUGUGAGAACUAUUAUUAUCGGAACCUUUAAACAGAGAAGCUCCACAUUCCUUUGGAAUCUGGUCUCCAGCAGAGCCCCUCUGCAUGGUAACCCUAUAGUUUGCUGGAAGUUUAGCAGUAUGCUUCAUAAAGUUCUCAGAGAAGGGCAUCCUAAUAGUGUUAAGGAAGCGAUCAGGUAAUAUUCGAGGAUAAAAUAUUUUCA